AUGUGUGCUCGCACGCACAAACCCAUGGGCAAGCCACCAAUCGGGCAACCGCCGGCCACAAUCACGGUAGGUACGGAGUAUGCAGUCAAGGUAAGACGAGAGGAAGAGGAGCGCCACUCAGCCCCCCGGAAUAAACCAAUAGGGUCAUCCGAACAAGACAGGACCAGGGUCGCUGUCAUUCGUUCAUUGCUUUGCUGCUAUCCCAAACUCUCUCACACUCUCUGUGUGUCUCUACGGAGUAUCUGUACCUUGGAACCUCUCUCCAGGGAAUCCAAAUAUCCCGGCUUGCAGAAAAGGAACAUAAUCGACUUUGUUGGGACUUGGAAAGCAACAACUAAAUUCUCCUUCGUUUUGCAUUUUGCGCGCCCCCCUCGUUCUCGGAGGAGAGAUGAACGAGGUUCUAUCACUAUCACACACACUUCUGCCGUCACCUCUUUUUUUAGGCUGAAGCCUGGGCAAACAGAGUUUACGGUACAGCUUCCUCCCGGGCUUGUCAUCACCUGGUGCCCACGAAGAGGAGUCCUUAGGAAAACUACCUAUAUGUCGUCUCUUAUUGGAUCUCCAUUACCUUAUUCAUCUCUGCGCAGUAGUUCGCACCCGCUAAACACAGGAACUAGACAUUCUCCAAACUCUAUUGUGCCUUCGUUGGCAAUCUGCAUUGCGACUGCAACUUCCGUGGCUCUUGUUGCAGAGGAUUACGAGGCCCCCUUUCGUCGUGGGUUUUUCCUGUUGGCUACCGGAUACAUGCAGUUCAGAGUAGAGGAAUCCACGGGGAGGGUCUGCUCCAUGGGACAACAUGGGACAACAUGGGUCAUUGCCAGGCCCCCAGAGAAGCCGCCGCCAGCCGAGCCGUGUCUCCCGUUUGGAGACUCAGAGAGGGCACCUCAUGGCUUUCACGGCUUGAGCUGGUCCGGCGUCUACCAAAGUACCAUCCUCGCACAAACUCCCAAUCACUUCUUCAUCUUCUUCUUCGCCUUCGCCUUCGCCUUCGCCUUCUUCUUCUACUUACCCCCUCCACCCCUCCCCAUAGACAAGAAACCCAAGAGCUAG